CAGCACCAGCACCAGCACCAGCACCAGCACCAGCACCAGCACACGGCCCUGACGUUCCCUGAGCCCACGCCAUGUUCAUAAAGCCACUGGACCUGGCAGCGGUUGCGGACACAAAUGUGUGGCAGGCCCAUGCAGGCAAUCAGCACUUUGCGCUGCAGUCUCGGAAGCAAACCCCGGCCCUCAAGUCGCUCUUCAGCUUCGCCAAUAUCGUUCCUCUGAUCCCCGUGGCAUCAUCGCCUGACGCGGCCCUCAAGCGUCAGGUCGCCGAUGCAGAGUUUCGGAUCAUUCUACGAUGUGCAAACAAAAAAGAAUACGUCGUUGCGGUUGAUGCCACUUUUGAGAAAAUUCAUAUGGACUGGAAUUGGAUCGAGAGCCAUCUCUUCCUCAAGCUUGCAGAGCUGGAGGCGGCCGAUAGCGCUCCGACGCCCGAGCAUGUCGAUAGCAUUAUCCUGGCGCAGUUCAUCGAGCUGCACGAAGAAUAUCAUGACCCCAAAUCGGCCAGCGAGCAAGCUAAAUUGCUUGAUCUCAAGUACAAGAUGAACCGAAUAUUCCCAAGCCUUGAAGACGAAGUGGUGUUGCAAGGCUACAAAUGCAUCUUUUUAUCCGAAGAGGGCGCUCCGAUUCGAGGGCAGUUCCUGAUCACGCGCAACUACGCUUGCUUUUACGAGUCUGAUGCCGUCGAUCGGCCUACGUCUCAAACUGCCUUAUCAGUUGCCUUCAAGGAUAUCUUGAGCCUUCAGAUUGUCAGUGCCAAGCGCGAGAUGCUCUCAGACCCGCUCCAAAUCAGCAUCACGGACAGAAAGUACAACUUCUCAUCCAAUCUCUAUCGAAGGGAGAUAUUUCGGGCGCUGACCAAUUUGACCAACGCCGCAAUGCAUCGACUCAUCAAAGGCGCCGAAAACUCGGGCCUGUCACUGGCCGAUAUGUAUGCCAAAGCGAGCACCAACAUGACUGGAGACCUAUCAAACAAUUCCAUGAAUCGAGGGGGCGGCCUCUUUGCCAUGGGGAAGCUCCGGGAGGAGAUAUCUUCUCUCAAGGGUGCAAGUCUCAAUCCGUCGCGGUCCUGGGACGAAGAGGACUUUGCCGAUACCCGUCUCUCUGAAGGCCAAACCCCGAGGCCGUCCAUGCCCAGCGAGAAGCGGAGUGACCCUAUUCUGCAGCCGCUUUUGAACCACUCCGAAAUCGUCACCAAGACUAUUAAUAGUGUUGGCGAUCUGGACAUGCAGACCAAAGGAAUUGAGUUUCGCAAUCUCUUCCGCCUUCCUGCUGCAGAGACAAUAUCGAUCGAGGAGUCACCAUGCUAUUUCUGGCACAAGAGCACGUCAACUUCGCACGCGGGUACCCUCUAUCUUACUGAGCGCUUCCUGUGUUUUGUUUCUCUGUCGAUCUCGAAUCCAUCCAACGUGGCCCAAAUCGGCCUUAAUGCCCUCUCCAAGGUUACGCUGGCGACCGUGACCGACACAUACACGUCGUUACUGUUCGACUCGCCACAGGACCCCAUUCUUGUCUUUUCCGUUCCGUACUCCCACAUUACGUCCGUCAAGAAACAACAGCCCACGGCCUUGACCCAAGUCGUCAAUCUGACGUCGUUCUCCAUGUCGGGCUACCUUGUGAUUUCGUCGCGUAGCAAAGCAGAGUACUGGCUUUCGUUCAGCGCCGUUCCGGGGAAGGCCCGCGACAAAAUCUCGGACGAAAUCUUGCAACGGAUGAAGUCCGUUGACUGGACAUUCGACGACGACUUGGUUGUGGGAGGUAGGAACGGCUCCAACACCGAGGCGAUCGGGGUUGGGGCUAGCCCCACAAAUCCCAAGGGAGUCUACGAUGCUGGCUCCAAAAAGAGCUCCAGCACAAGCAUGGAGGAGUUCAUGUCCUCGAUCGAAGUCCUCAAGACCGAGGAGACUUUUGCGGCAAACAUGGGAAUUGAGGAAAAGGUUAUUCCAAUUGUAGAAAUGGGUUUGAAGUUGCUCUUUGAGGACAGAGAUGCCGCCAAAACGGACGACUCAAGCCUGGAAAAACAAAAGCAGUGGGGAACCUAUCUGGAUAUGAAUGGCCGAGAUAUUUGCAUGGUUAAAGAUUUUCGAGCCAUUCGUGAGCUCAUUAUCAAAACUGGCGGCUUGCCUGAUUCCCUGCGAGGAGACUUUUGGAUGAUAUGCUCAGGAGCCUGGUAUUCGCGACCAAAGCCAGGCUACUAUCGCAAUAUGCUCCGCAGCAAUACGGGCCGUGUGUCGUUCUAUAUCGAGGAAAUAGAGAAGGAUGUUCGAAGGAGUCUCCCAGAACACCCUGCUUAUCAGUCCAAUAUCGGCAUAGACGCUUUGCGGAGGAUUCUGACGACGUAUUCGUGGCGCAACCCCGCUGUGGGAUAUGCGCAGGCACUUAACAUCAUCACGGCGGUGCUACUCCUGCAUUUAAAGGAGGAAGAUGCUUUCUGGAUGCUGUGCACAAUCGUCGAAAGUCUGCUCCCCGACCACUACUCAAAAACACUCGUUGGGUCUGUUGUUGACCAAGAGGUUUUCACGUGGCUCGUGGAGCAGCAUCUGCCUGCCGUCUCGGCACAAAUUGGGCAACUGUAUAUGGAUCUGUCAACGAUAUCGGUUCCUUGGUUUGUGUGUCUGUUUCUCAACUCGGUUUCGCUACGAAUGGCUCCUACUUUCCUGGAUGCCUUUUUUGUGGAUGGCCCAAAGUUUUUAUUCUGGACGGCGCUCGCGAUUCUCAAGCAUAACGAAAAAGAGCUCAUCCAGAGUGGAAGAGACGACGACAUCUUCAUUGGCGCCAUUCGUGGAUUUUUCCAGAGGCUCUCUGGACCGGACUCCUCCCCUGGCGACACCAAGGCAAGCGGCUACCCGCUACUUGCUCAGAUCUUGUCGCUGGCCUAUGGCACCUUUGGUCCACUCAUAUCGACGGAGACAAUCGAGGCCCUGCGAGCCAGAUUCCGUCUCAAGGUUGUUCACCAAAUGGAGGAGACCUCUCGCAAAAGCCAGGUUCGCAACCUGUGUGAGCAGGUGUCUCUCAAGUUCGACGAAGUCGCCAUGAUCUAUGAUGAGGUCCGUCGAUUGGAAUACAAGCACGAGGAAAACCUCAAUGACGGGCACUCGGAGGUGCUUGAACGGUCCCGAAGCCUGGAAAGCGAGAUGCGCUCAGGCCUUAUCCAGGCCGGUGGCUGGGGCAUCCUCACGAAUGCGCUGUCACCCUCGACCGACACAUCAGACAAUGGGGGCUUUGGCUCGAAGGCGCUCACGCUCGUGGACUUCCGAUCCAUCUUCCGACUGGUGUCGCCUUGGCGAUCGGGCGUGGCCAUCGGCGACAGGGGCAAAGACGAGAAGCAAGUCGGUCUGGCCAUAUGCCUGAUGGAUCGCAUUUUUCACUAUUGCUCGAUCCACCACAGCUUCCAGGGCAGUGACGACAAAAACGCCGGACUCAAGGUACCGCUCGUGGAUCCAAGCAAAAAGUCCAUGGCCUUCAUUGUCGAUCUUGCAACGGUGGUGCACGUCCUCGAUAUUAUUACAAAGCAACCACUUCAUGCACGGCUUCGGUUCUUGUUUGAUCUGCAUGACGUGGACGGCGAUUCGUUUCUGAGCGAACUGGAGCUCAAGGCCGUCAUGGACAGUCUCCUGGAGAUGUUUGACCAAAGUCGCCAAGAGCCAGUCCGCAGCAAUGCUCCUGUGUCGCCGGUGUCGCGCGGUGACGAAGCUUACCUCGCGGCCGUGAGCUCGUUUCUCAAUACCGCGCUCAAAAUUGGCGGAGGCAAGAGCCAGAGCGAAUCGACAGGAAGCAGCCUGCUCAUGCCCUUGCACCAGCUCAAGAAGAUGGAAAAAUCAAGCACUUCAUUGCGUAGUGUCGGUCCCGGACAGUCCUCCCUCUCAGGGCUCCGACCUGAGGCGACCGGCCCUUCUCGAACCAUGGCUGAAGACUUGCGGGCAAAGCAGCAAACCGCGUCGCCUGUGCUCUCCCUGCCAAAGAGCAGCGGACGAGCCCGAUCGGCAUCGACAUCUUCAUCACACCUCUCCCGAACAUCGACUGAAAAAAACACCCCGAUGUCGGUCCGGACAGCCAGUAAUUCCAAGAACGGCAACCACGUCGAUGACAGCGCAGCCUUCAGGCUGUCAUUCAACGAAUUUCUGUUAGCGAUUCUCUCUCAGAGCGUAUUUGUCGAGUUUUUUGAGCGGAUUUGGACGCUGGUGCGAGGACCCGACGGUUCCAUGAAACUGAGCUGGAAGAGUGCAACCUUCGCGAAGUGA